AUGACCCAAACUAAGACACGAACCGAGCGCUUAGCCCAAUGGGCUGCGGAGCUCCAGUAUCAGCAGAUCCCAUCAGCCGCUGUCCAGCGCACGAAAGACCUGUUCCUUGACUGGCUGGGAUGCUGUAUCGCAGGACGAAGCCAUCCCGCGGUUGUUGCGAUUGCCCGGUUCGCCUCUCAAAUGGGACCGACUACCGGGAAGAGCGAGUUCGUGGAUGGCUCUUUAGGGUUCACAACCAGCCCUGCAUUUGCUAGUUUGGUGAAUGCCGCUGCAUCCCAUGUGGUUGAGCAAGACGAUCUUCAUAACCGGAGCAUCAUGCACCCGGCUACGGUCAUCUUUCCAGCGGUACUUGCCGUUGCGCAGGAGAUCGGCGCAAACGGCAUAGAGUUCAUUACGGCCUGCGUAGUGGGAUAUGAGGUGGGCUGCCGUGCCGGACAAUACAUGGGCAAGAGCCAUUACGAGAGAUUCCACUCCACAGCUACCGGGGGAGUGCUCGGCGUUGCAGCCGCUGUGGCUCGGCUCUUGCACCUGGAUGCGGAACAGACCCUGGCCGCCAUUGGAACGGCUGGUACGCAGGCAGCAGGUCUCUGGCAGUUCCUUCUAGACGCCACCCAUUCGAAACAGGUGCACACAGCCAAGGCGUGUUUUGACGGCAUUUUCGCCGCUUACACCGCUCGCGAUGGCCUCCUUGGUCCCCGCGACGUCCUGGAAGGAUCCAAAGGAAUGGGAGUGGCCUUGGUCCCAGGAAAGACCGAUUCCGAGACGAUAGACAAGGACUUGGGUUCGGACUGGGCUGUGCUGGGUUCCAGUUUCAAAUGGCAUGCGUCAUGUCGACACACUCACCCGAGCGUCGAUGCUCUGUUGAGCCUCAUGGAGAAACACCAGGUCCAGUUUGAGGACAUUGAUUCCGUGGUGACCCGUACCUACCAGGCUGCACUGAAUGUCCUGGGGUUGAGUGGAAAGGGAGAGACUGUGCACCAAAGCAAGUUCUCGAUGGGAUUCGUGCUCGCAAUCGCCGCCAAGAAAAAACAGGCUAUGAUUACGGACUUUACGGGAGCGGACUUGGAAGAUGCCUCCCUGCGUGACUUCCAGAGCCGAGUGAUGAUGGAAUAUGAUGCUGAAAUUGACUCCAAGUUUCCUGAGAGCUGGCAGGGCACCGUGAUUGUGACGUGCAAGGACGGCCGUAAGUUGACGGAGUCGGUGGUAUUCUGCAAGGGAGACCCCGAAAUGCCACUGACCAAGUCUGAACUUGAACGAAAGACACGAUCGCUCGCUACUUAUGGAGGCUUCACCGAUGUGGCCAAGGUCGAGUAUCUGAUCAGUAGAGCGUGGGACCUGGAAUCGCAGCAAAGCAUGACUGGGUUUGUGUUUUAG